AGCUUUUUGGAAAAAUUCCGAAUUGUAGUGCGUAUUAGCUGCCCCCACCCUCCUUUGGACGAAAAUAACCCUUGCCUUUAUCCUCUUCCUCCCGCAUAGCUCCCCUUUCUUCGUUCGCUCGUUCGAACCAAAUCGAACGAAAGAUCCCUGAUCUCCUUGCCUGAUGCACGCCAUCCCCCGGCGGAGUCUUUCUUUCCGAACCGGAGCCCGGCGUUGGGACACUGAUGGGCGUGUCGGCGCUCGAAGGUGGUGAGCACCGGCGGUUGGCGAGGGCGCCGAUGGUGCCAGUAGGAGAGGGAGGGCCUACGCGGGCGGAUGCCGAAGGAGGGGACGGCGGCAGGGUGGAAGCUGGUAAUGGCUUUGCCGCGACGACGCCAAUGGAGCCGCCGACGAGUCUGGGCGAGUUCUUGGACACGGACCGGCACCUUUUCUGGCGGCGACACCGCUGUUUGAGGACUGGAGGAUGCAUCCACGGCCGGUGUCUGCUCGUUCACCACGGCCGGCGAGACCAAGUCGUCAGGACACACCAACGGCGAGACCAAGCCGCUACAGCUCGCUGCCACUUCGACCGGGAAAAAGAGGCGCUGGAGGCGUAGAAACGCGCCACCCACACAUGGAGUUACCCAUGACAGUACAAAACGGUGGCACUUUUUAAACCACCGCGUCAACGUCACAGCGGCCGGAUUUACCGGCCCGAAAAGAGAAGAAAAAAAGAAAGAGAGGUGGGAAUCCAGCCGGAGCAAAGACGAGUCAAAGCGGGAGCUCCCCAGCGGAAGAAAGAGAGAAAGAAAGAAAAGGAAAGCAAUCGCAUUCUCCACGUGGCCAGCGCGCCC